AGAGUAAUAUAUAAGUACAAUAAUAGAGGGACUACAUUUUAUUGUUUUGUUUUCUUAAAAAAUUUAUCUACCUUUUAAAAAGUCAAAUCAUUUAUUUAUUAAAAAAAUAAUAUUCAAUUAUGGGAAAGAAAAAGAAUAAAAAUAAGGUUAGCGGUGCAGUAAAAACUGCCGCUAAGACUGAAAAAAAAUUAGCUAAUAAACUUAAAAAAGAGCUUGCGAAUUUAGGAGAGGAAGAUAUAGCUAAAGUGAUAGCAGAAAUUGAGAAAGAGGAAGCAAGACGGGCUGCAGCGACAGAGAAAACUCUCAAAGGGCCACCAUCUGCAAGAGCAUAUGCGUCUCUCACUCCACAUCCCACCAAUAAUGAGCUUAUUAUGUUUGGUGGAGAAUACCAUAAUGGUCAAAGGACAGAAGUUUACAAUGACUUGUUGUUUUAUAACCCUGUAAACAACACAUGGAAGCAAGUGAAGGCGCCUGGGGCCCCGCCGCCACGCAGCGCCCAUCAGAUGGUUGCCACACCUGCCAAUAAGGGUGAGCUGUGGGUGUUUGGCGGCGAGUUCACAAGUCCAUCAGAGACGCAAUUCUAUCAUUACAAGGAUUUGUGGUGUUUUUCACUUGCCGACAAAAAAUGGGAAAAGGUGUCAGCACCGCACGGGCCGUCGGCGCGGUCGGGGCACCGCAUGGCGCUGGUGGGGCGGCGGCUCGUGGUGUUCGGCGGGUACACGGACGACGGCCGCGACGCGCGCUACCACGACGACCUGCACUGCUUCUGCCUCGACACCAGGACCUGGAGCCGCCUGCAGCCCUCCGGCCGCGGGCCUUCCGCCCGCUCCGCCUGCGUCAUGCUGCCCGUCGGCGGAGACGGGUUGAUAAUAUAUGGAGGAUUCUCGUGCGUCCGCGACGGGCGUACAGAGCGGACGCACACGCACACCGACAUGUUCCGGCUGGCGGCGCGAGGCGGCGGCGGCGGCGGCGGCGGCGGCGGCGGCGGCGGCGGCGGCGGCGGCGGCGGCGGCGGCGGCGGCAGCGCGGCGUGGCGCGCGGUGAACGGCGGCGCGGCGGCGCCGGCGGCCCGCGCGGGGCAGGCCGCCGCCGUCAACGUGCACAGCGGCCGCGCCUACGUCUUCGGGGGCGUCACGGAUGUAGAAGAAACCGAGGAAGAGCUCAAAGGGGAGAUGAGUGACGAGUUACUAAUGAUAGAUCUGGAGACGGCCAAAUGGCAUAAUGUCACCCUACGUACCGAGCAACAGAGUACACAAUCGCCUGCACCCGCUGAAGAAGCUGUUAAAGAUGAGGAGAAAGAAGAGGUCACUGUGGUGACCGACGAGGUAUUCACAAUGAAGUUAGGGGGGGCCGCGACCCCUUCGGAUCCCGUUGUCGGCGGCGCAUGCGCGGCGGCCAGGAGACGCGGCGGUCCAUCACCGCGCAUGUCGGCCAUGAUGUGUGUGCAGCGCUCUACGCUCUACCUGUACGGCGGCGUGCUAGAGCGAGACGACAAACAGUUCUAUCUCAGCGACAUGUACAGUUUAGAUUUACAUAAAUUAAAUGAGUGGAAAACAAUAAUAGAACAGCCACCAUUACCGGACUGGCUCGGCUCCGAUUCGGAGACAGAAGAUUCUGGUUCCGACAGUGACUCUGAGGACUCCGAAGAUACAGAUGAGGAAUAAAACACUAUCUAUACAUCUUCAAUCAAAAUAUAUUAUGGUGUAGGCAGAGAAAAGAACAUUGGAUAUACAUACAUAUGUAAUAUAUUAUAAAACCUUCAAUAAUCUUCUGCCUAUAGAUUCCGGAGUUGUCCAACUCUUUGCUCAGUUGUUACCAGCAUUUCAACAGUUAAUAUUCUGAACAUAUCGACUUCUAGAAAUUGCAUUACAACUCGUAUGAUGCUGUCGCCCUGUGCUGUUGAGAAUUUAUAGCUCAUUAUUACACAAAGAGCUUUGACGUGACUCACUGGGCCAUAGCUCUACGAGCAGUAGUAGUUCAAUACUCUAGUAUUAUAAUUGUAUUGUAUAUAUAUUAUAUGUUCAUAUAAGUGUCUCCCAUUAGAAUAGGUACAAGUUAUAAAACGCUAAAUGUUUAGAUUGGCCAAGAGAUUAAGUGAUAUUUAUUUAGAACAUAGUAAAGAAUCAUAAUAAAUAACUCAUGAUAUACUUUUUUUAAAAAAAAAAAAACCAAAUAUUUUAAUAGAAAAAUAUACUGUUGCAAUGAUAAUUACCACAGGGAGACUUUGUACAAAAGUCGUUUGUUUAGACACCACUGUCCCAUUCGUGAUUUUACCGUAAAACAGGGUGGAAUAUGACAGUGAAUUUACUGGGUACAGAGGAAUAACACCUGAAUCCUCAGGAAUUGCAACGCAUGGGGUGUAUUGUGGAUGAAACUGUAUAAUCUGUAGUGUCCAUGGUACUAUUCAUGUCUAUAGACGACGGUUACCACUUCCCAUCAGGUGGACCAUUAGUUUGUUUGCCAUUCUAAGUUGCAUAAAAUAAAUAUAUAAAUAAGAAGUUGUUUAAAUUAGCAACUGAUACGGUAUAGCAAUGGGUAUAGUGUUUUGUUUAUAUAAUUCCGAACAAUAGUUUUAAGAAAUAUUGUAGUAUGUAAGCAAAUUGUAUGAUAUUUAUAUGCUUGUAUUAUAUAUAAUAAAUUACAUAUUUUUAUAGUU